AACACGGCCUAACAUCAGAAUUCACACUCUCUUUGACCUUCCUUUUUCCAUUUUCCCCAGAUUCUUCUCCCCUUCUUCUUCUCUUUCAUCUCACUCUUCAGAUCUCUCUCUCUUUCCUCUGUCUUUGUCCCAUUCUUCUCCCUCUUACCAAAUCAUUUCAUUAAUCAUCAUAAACCCUUAUAAAAAACCCAAAUUUAAUAAAAAAAACCAUAAUUAUCUCUACUCCCAUUGUUGGCAAAUCUGUAAAGCUUGAUUUCAUCACCCAUUUCUUUUUUUUUGUCUGUUUUUUUGGUUUCUUUUACAUCCCUUUUCUGGGAAGAGAGAAUGCUUCAUUGAUGCUCAAUUUCGGAAGGAAUUGAGCUGUUUUUCAACUAAAUUUUCAAUCUUUGGCGUUUUAGGGUUAGGGUUUUUGAUUGGGAUUUUGGCGGUGUUCAAAUGGUGGGGGGAUCUGAGCAGCAGCUUAAUAGUAGUUCUUCUUCGUUGCCGGCGAAAAAGCAUGGAAUUAAUAAGCCGAUUUCACUUGCGGGUCCCACUGAGAUUGAUCUUAUACGCAAUGCUGAAUUAGGGAAGUUUUUGAUUGACUCGGGGCUAUAUGAGAGCAGUGAGGAAGGAGAUAAGAGGGAGGAGGUCCUAAAUCGGAUUCGUGAGAUUGUGAAAGGGUGGGUAAAGCAGCUGACUCGCCAAAGAGGAUACACAGAUCAAAUGGUUGACGAUGCGAAUGCUCUCAUUUUUACUUUUGGGUCAUAUCGACUGGGGGUACACGGACCUGGUGCAGACAUUGAUACCCUGUGCGUUGGGCCUUCGUAUGUAAACCGUGAUGAAGACUUCUUUAUAAUAUUGCACGACAUUCUGGCUGAAAUAGAAGAAGUCACUGAGCUUCAGCCAGUCCCUGAUGCUCAUGUCCCUGUAAUGAAAUUCAAAUUUCUAGGAGUUUCUGUUGACCUCCUCUAUGCAAGUGUUUCGAUGCUGAUUGUUCCUGAUGACUUGGAUAUAUCACAGGGUUCCGUACUUCAUAAUGUUGACGAGCAAACAGUUCGUAGUCUGAAUGGAUGUCGAGUUGCGGACCAAAUCCUUAAGCUGGUUCCUAAUAUUGAGCAUUUCCGGACAACGCUAAGGUGUCUCAAAUUUUGGGCUAAGCGACGGGGUGUCUAUUCAAAUGUGACUGGAUUUUUAGGUGGGGUGAACUGGGCUCUUUUAGUUGCUAGAGUAUGCCAACUAUACCCGAAUGCAAUUCCUAGCAUGUUACUAUCUCGAUUUUUUAGAGUUUAUACUCAAUGGCGCUGGCCCAAUCCUGUGAUGCUCUGUCCAAUUGAAGAGGAGGAUCUUGGUUUCCCUGUGUGGGACCCUCGUAAAAAUCCUAGGGACCGCACUCAUCAUAUGCCAAUUAUUACUCCUGCAUAUCCGUGCAUGAAUUCUAGCUACAAUGUCUCAACAAGUACACUGCGUGUUAUGAUGGAGCAGUUUGAGCAUGGCAAUAAAAUUUGUCAGGAUAUUGAGCUGACAAAGGCCCAAUGGAGUACCCUUUUUGAGCCAUACCUUUUCUUUGAGUCGUACAAAAACUACUUGCAAGUUGAUAUCAUUGCGGAUAAUGCAGAUGAUUUGUUGGCUUGGAAAGGCUGGGUAGAAUCUCGACUUCGGCAGCUUACCUUGAAGAUAGAGAGAGACACAUUUGGCAUGUUACAGUGCCAUCCUUAUCCAUAUGAAUUUGUAGACACAUCUAAGGAAUGUGCCCAUUGUGCUUUCUUCAUGGGCUUGCAGAGGAAACAAGGGGUGAAAGUCAAAGAAGGUCAGCAGUUUGAUAUUCGAGGAACUGUUGAUGAGUUUAGGCAAGAGGUUAAUAUGUAUAUGUAUUGGAAACCUGGCAUGGAUAUAUUUGUGUCGCAUGUUCGUAGAAAGCAGCUUCCUCCAUAUGUUUUUCCUGAAGGCUAUAAACGACCUCGAAGACACAUGAAUCAGCAGGUUGAAAAAAUGUGUGGUGAUGCUGAAGGGAAUAUCCCUGGGUCUACUGAUAGACCACUCAAGAGACGUACGGAUUCUGAGAUGGGGGAUCUGACACCAUCACGUCUUGAGAAGAAGGCAUCUAUCAGUCCGCAACGGCUGGAAACUCUUUCUCCAGAGUUCAAUUCUAGAUAUUACACUCCGUCACCUUUGAGCUCUACCUCAGACAUGCUUUGCCACGUGCAAGAUACAUCAUCAUUUUUGGAUGGUGACACAAGUAUGAACUCACACAAUGUGCUGCUAGACAGUGCCAUUCAUAGUACCAUUCCGCUGGAGAAGCAGGAUAUCACUGAUAAUAUUUCUGUGGUUGAUAAUGAAGCACAUACAAUGGAUGCGCUGUCGCAGGACUCCUCCAUCCAGGAGAAUCUUGCUUCAUUUGACAUCUGUAAUCGAAUUAUGGAUGCUUGUCUGGUUAGAAAGGAUGAAGAGAUUUCUGAGACUCAGAAUUCUCAGACUGAAUCUUUCCGUAGAGCAAAGGACCUAAUAGAGAGGGCUGCAAAGGAUGAUAUUGAUGAAGUAAUGGAUCAUUGUGAGCAGACCAAGGGAGCUGAAAACGGGGUCCAUUUUGUGUCCAGCUCUGGCACUCAGACUCUCAAUCAUGAGGGGUCUUUGCAGGAUGAUCUAUGUGGGGCUGAUCCUGGUUUGCAUUCUGAUAUUGGAUAUCUGGGCGGGACUGAUGUUUUGCAGGGUGGAUCGACGGAAGAGCUAGAGUCAAGUACUGCCGUCGGCAUGGCCAUAGAAACUCGAGGUAGAACUACAUAUUCCACAAAAGUUGUGCUGAAGCCAAUCACAAGGCAUGAAAUUAAUAUCUCAUUCUCUUUUUUUUGCAAAAUUUAGUGACCAUGUAUUGUGUUGUUUGGUUCUCUGGCCUUUCUUUUCUUCUAGCAGGUUGAACCUGAGAUUGAUGGCAAACAGCAUAUUAAAGAUACUCAUCAUGAAGCACUUGUAAAUAGAAGUCCAGCAGCUUUGGUAAGUUUCAAAAAUUUACUGCUGGAUUAAAUUAUGGUUUUCCAGGUGCACUGGAAUCUUGUCGUGCGGAAGAAAAGAACUGCAAUUUUCUGAGUUCUCAUGCCCGUAAUUGUGAUGUAUGUAUGGUUAUGGAUGUGGUGUAGUUCGUGCGGAUCCCUUGUAGCAGUUCUCUCUAUUCCUCUAGGCAGCUUGCUUGUUCAAAAGCUGCUUCAGAGCGUCACAAAUGUUGCUGUGGAUGUGGGAAGACUGUGUGAACCCUUAACCAGGGUCAUCGGCAGGAGAUACCUGAGACCAGACUUCAAUGGGAUCUCCGCUACAUCAUGUAGGAAGUGAAUUUCUGUAUUGUAGCCAAAAAAAAAAAAAAAAAAAGAAAAAAAAAAAGCUGAAAAAUGGAAGUUAAAAAAAAAGGUAUAUUACAAUGAAGAGUGACUGAGAAGUGUGAUUUAUUGCGGCAUUAGUGCCUAGAUUUUAAGUAAUGAAUUUAGUUGUAAACUUGGGUUAUGUACCAUCUCUGAUGAGAUUAUAAAUAUGCUAGUACUGGAAUUUUCUUCUUUCACUUGGCUUGCUGCAUAUUCUGACUUUGAUGUGUGAAUUUAGUGGAUGAUCAAUGUGACGUGCUCUAUGUUUAGUUGGUUCGA